AUGACGCUGCAAUUUUUCUUGAGGUCUCCUCGUUCCUAUGCAGCAACUCGUCGUCUAUUGUACCCCGUACUCAAGUCUCAACGAAUAACAUGGCCUCGUCUUAUUCCCCACCAAUUUGUGGUGGUCCACUCGCGUCACCGUCUGAAGAUUCACGCUCUUGCAGCUCGCGAUGUCUGGACAGGCCGUAACGCCGAGUUGUUGCGUGAAUUUCCUCAUAUUUUGGCUACAUCUUCUACUCUUACUACUAAGAAGGAGUCAUUGCUACAAAUGCUACGUCGUCUACUACGUGUGGUGCUUCAUUUCGCCAAAUUAUUAAGUCUUGCACUCCCAUUAGCACUCACAGCUCCUGUGGCUUUCUCAGUUGGUAUGAUAUUGCCUAAAGUAACAAAUCAAUGGUGGGAAUUAGCUUUAUGGCUUGCACAACAUUCUUCUCCUACAGUGAUGAAGUUUUUGCAAUGGGCAAGUACUCGUCGUGAUAUGUUUCCAGCUUCAUUCUGUGAUCGAUUUGAGAUGUUCCAUGAACAUGCGCCAAUGCAUUCGUGGCUACAGACACAAGAUGCUUUGAGAAUGGCAUUUGGUGACAAUUGGAGAGAAAUUUUAGAGGUUGACAGUCAUCCUAUCGGGUCAGGAUGCAUUGCACAAGUGUAUCGAGCACGUAUCAAAGAGACAAACGAAGAAGUUGCAGUUAAAGUGAUUCAUCCACAUGUCAAGCAAAUGGUAGCACUGGAUUUGCAACUUUUACAUGGAUUUGUAGCCAUGUUGGAAGCUAUACCGACGCUUAGAUGGAUAGGAGGAAAGGAUAGUGUGACGGAGUUUGCGUCACUUAUGGAACGUCAAUUAAAUUUGCGUGUGGAAGGAGAGAACCUUGCUUUGUUUACCAAACAUUUCCGUAAUCGGAAAGGAUUACGGUUUCCAGUACCCCUCAUGAACUACACGACAGAAAAUGUUUUAGUCGAGAGUUUUGAAGGCGGAUUGCAUUUCAGUGAGAUUCUUUCUACAAUGGAACCGCCACGUCGUAAAGCAGUGGCACGAGUCGUGCUUGAAGCGUAUCUUCGAAUGGUUUUCCUAGACAAUUUCGCACACGGAGAUUUACAUCCAGGCAACCUUUUGUUUGAUGAGCAAGACGGAGGAAGAAACGCUCGUAUGUCGCGCUCUCAAGCCAUUCGAAAUGCCGGUGUUGUGGUCAUAGAUGCCGGGAUCGUGACAAAGCUCGAGCAACAAGAUCUGCGCAACUUUGUAGAACUGUUUUACGCAGUGGCAACAGGUAAUGGGUACAAGGCUGGAGAGCUCAUCGUGUCUCGCAGCAAGAGGAGUAGGGUCGGGCCAAAUGGGGACACUGUGCCAAUUAAGUGCAAGGAUCUCGAGUCUUUCUGCACGGGGAUGGAGAAAAUUGUAGGCGAAGCGAUGAGUUGGAGGCUCAACCUAAAGAAUGUGCACGUUGGAUCGCUGCUUCGCCAAGUCAUGGAGUUAUGCUGCACACACGAAGUGCAACUCGAGGGGAAAUACGCGUCAAUUGUCGUUUCCAUUGCAGUCUUAGAGGCAGUUGGCAGGAAGUUGGACCCGGAUAUCGACAUCCUGGCCGUGGCGCUUCCGAUCAUCACACAGUCGCUCAUAAAAAACGUCUUAAGUUGA